AUGGGGCGUGGCCGGGUCGAGCUCAAGCGGAUCGAGAACAAGAUCAACCGCCAGGUCACCUUCGCCAAGCGCCGCAACGGCCUGCUCAAGAAGGCCUACGAGCUCUCCGUCCUCUGCGAUGCCGAGGUCGCGCUCAUCAUCUUCUCCAACCGCGGCAAGCUCUACGAGUUCUGCAGCGGCCAGAGCAUGCCCAAAACACUUGAGAGAUACCAGAAAUGCAGUUAUGGUGGGCCAGAUACAGCAAUACAAAAUAAGGAGAAUGAGUUAGUGCAGAGCAGUCGAAACGAGUACCUCAAACUGAAAGCACGAGUGGAGAAUUUGCAGAGAACCCAACGAAAUUUGCUUGGUGAAGAUCUCGGGUCACUCGGCAUCAAAGAUCUGGAGCAGCUCGAAAAGCAACUUGAUUCAUCCUUAAGGCACAUAAGAUCCACAAGGACACAGCAUAUGCUUGACCAGCUCACUGAUCUCCAAAGGAAGGAACAAAUGCUGUGUGAAGCGAAUAAGUGCCUUCGAAGAAAACUGGAGGAGAGCAGCCAGCAGAUGCAGGGCCAAAUGUGGGAGCAGCACGCCGCCAACUUGCUCGGCUACGACCAGCUGCGACAGUCCCCGCAUCAGCAGCAGGCGCCACACCACGGCGGCAACGGCUUCUUUCACCCCCUGGACCCAACCACUGAGCCUACACUUCAGAUAGGGUAUACCCAGGAGCAGAUAAACAACGCAUGCGUGGCGGCGUCGUUCAUGCCGACAUGGCUGCCCUGA